CGUAAUUCAUGGACGGCCCCAUAGACUGACAACUACCUAUAGACUCAACACGACCCAACGCUGUGCCUCCGAUUAUAAUUAUCACGGUUGGGCUACGUGCUGUGCGAAAGAAGUUCCACGUGCGUCCCUGGGUGUUGGGUUUAAUCGACACUGCCGCAGAAUCGACUGGGUGUCAAAUGGCCGCGGUCCCUGACUUUUUUAUAUAAAGGAGGCGGCUGUCGGAGCGAUUUGGUGAUUCGGGUUGGGUUUUUAAUUUCGCAACAUCGACAGCCUUUCGUGAGUGUAACAAAACAACGUUAUCAUCCACAUCAGCAACAACACCUACUACUACGACAACGACAACAACAAACAAACAACAUCAUCAUCAUCAUCAGUUACAACAACAUCGUCGUAAGCUGCCGGGGCCCGGAGACUAAACGGAAUCGCCCCAUGGGCUUGUAAUUACCAACACGCUCUUCCGGCAUCGGCGCAUCCACACAACAUCAUGGAUGCAUGCCGGGUCCAAGCAAGAACAUCUGCUGAACUACAUAGUGACGGACCAGCGGAUGCGAGCCCAUGUCCUUGACACCAGAACCUACCGUGGAGCUGAUCUGCCCUCUGACCAUCGACUAGUCAUCUAAUGGCAUGCAUGGUAACCACCCCAGUGCUGGAGCCAAGCGGGGACUUCCCGGCAUGGCUGGAGGCGCAGGGCGUGAACGUGGAGGUGGCCCAGGCCAUGGACUCAGAGCUGGGCAUCCGGGACUACGGGGUCCUGCGUGCCUGCGUCGGGGAUGGCCUCGUGCGGGCCGAGCUGCUGGCCACGGCGCGCGACCGCCUGCCCUUCGGCUUCUACGCCGUGCUGCGGCAGGUGGUGAAGGCCUUGCAGGGUGCCGAACCCCACGACGCUGGGACGCCGCGCUGGGACGACGCCGCCGCUUCCUCCCCAGGCGACGUGACCCUGGGAGGCCUGGUGGAGGUGCUGCUCGCGCUGUUCAGCGGCUUGAGCCGGGAACUGCUGCUGUCCGUCCAGAGGCUGGGAGACAUUGAUAACACUGGAAUGUGUGCUGUUGGCUCCCCUUCAGCCAACACUGUCGUUUUGCCUGAGAACAGUGUGAUGAAUGAAAUUGAAGAUUACAAAGUGAAUGAUGAAAGUGAGAGGAACUUCAUCCCAGAUAUGGGAGAAUCGCAAGCUGUGGACACAUCACCUUUAAUAAAGACGGAAGCCCUUGAAGAUGAAGGUGAGAAGAACUUCAUUCCAGAUAUGGGAGAAUCGCAAGCUGUGGAUGCAUCACCUUUAAUAAAGACGGAAGCCCUUGAAGAUUCUAGUGACAUCGAAGGUAAUUCAGUGCAAGAUGUGGUUUCACUCCAAGCAAUGGGAAACCAUUUUGCGAACGUUGGUGAUGUUGGUGACAUUGGUGACGUUGAUGACGUUGGUGACGUUGGUUCAUGUUCAUGGCAACAACAGCAGCAGACAGGAGACAGAAUGCGAAGCUGUCAAGUUGACGAGGUGGAAAACAUUUCUCUGCGCAGCAUGUACACGUCCAACCCUCCAGCAAAUCGACAUGUUCACGGGCGACAAGCACCAUUGAACAUUACCGAGGCUCUGCCGAGCGAUGUGCGGCAGAAUCCUGCUUUUUCAGAGGAAAAUCCAGCGGAGCGCCAGCUUUUUAUGGUGGGGUGUGGUUCGCGACAAGCGAGCGUGAACGUCAACUCGCCGAAGCCGUAUGAGUGCACGGUGUGCAAAAAGAGUUUCGCGUGCCUCUCGCUCCUGCGGUACCACCAUCGCGUGCACACGGGAGAGAAGCCGUUCUGCUGCAGCGUGUGCAACCGGUCCUUCUCAAACUCUGGCAAUUUGAGGGUCCACGAGCGCACGCACACGGGACAGAAGCCGUACCGGUGCGAUAUUUGCAACAGCAGCUUCUCGCGCAGUCAUCACUUAAAAGGUCACCAGCGCACGCACAAGCCUUGAGCAGAAAUAGUGGUAGAAGAAAUGCGAUUGUUGAUUUGUGCAUAAUUUUUUUGUACUACUGGACAUCAGUGAAAACUACUGAACAUCUGGGAAAAAGAGAUAGAUUAUCGAAUUCCUCCAGUAUAAAUACAUAUUCUGAUUUUGAUAAUUGUGCUAUCCGUAUCAGGUCAUGAGGCAAAGAAUCCAUUCAGAACUCUCACAUAGAAGUGCAACCCUUUGUGCCAGCGAAUGGCCUACUUGAGCAGAUCAAAUCCAUCCUCGUGACCUAUGGUGCACACAGUCGAGGGUAAGAUAGUGCUUUUCCCUACCAUCUUUCCACUGAGUGAAACAUUUAAAUUUUCAGAAUUACAUUUAGCCAAAUUAAGUGCAGAAUCUAAUUUUACGCGAUGAAUUUUUUUUAAUGUACAGUUAUUGGUGGCUAGACUGAGGCCAUCUCACUCCAGUUGAGAACCAGAUUUAAUCACGGCCUGAUAAAUCCCAGAUUCGAACCCAGGUUCUAUGGUACCGGCUCAAUACCCGGGCUUGUGAGCCACCCGGUGAGCUUGCAUAACCGGGAUAAAAGCUCGCUUGCGGCACACCCACAUUGGAUAUUAUGUAUGUUUAACUUCUUUCGCACCGUACGUAGCUAACUGUGCUAAUUGGAGGUGCGGGAUAUCGGCUGUAAUGAUGAAAUGUGUUACUGUGGACAUUUUUCACGGUGUUGUGUAAGGUAUACUACUAUGCAGUUUUGUAGAAUAAAAGACAUGACAUCAAAUAAUAUCCUUUUGGAUGUUGAAUUUUGUUCAAGGGAUACCUUA